UCUUAUCUCCACUGUUCCCAAGCCCAUACGGGCAAAAGAACCUGCUCCCAAAGUUGGCUCUGCAACAGAACAGAACACUUAAUAAUAACGCUAAUGAAUCCACUCACAGAUUCUUCUUCACAGUUUCCAACUCUCCUCAAACACCAUCUUAAACUUGACUUCUCUUCUACUUCUCAUCUUCACUCUUGCCCUUUUAAACGCAUCCUCUCAAGCCCAUAUCACACACAUUCUCUCUAUCUUGGUCUUCAGCUCAAGUAACAUAGAAUGGAAGAUCAUCACCAUCAAGUAGAAGUGGAGGAAGAAGAAGAGAUCAAGCCAACGCAAGAAACCAACAAGACAGACGAAGACACAGCUUCAUCAAGAGUAUUCCCAUGCCUCUUUUGUUCCAGAAAAUUCCAUAGCUCCCAAGCCCUAGGGGGUCACCAGAACGCUCACAAGAAGGAGAGAACUGCUGCUAGAAGAGCCAAAAGGGCUUACGAUUUUGUCAACAAUAAUGACUUGCUUCACACGUUACCUGUUUUAUUAUCCUCUCCCUCUCGACAUCACUUGACCAUCUUAGGCUACCCUGCUUCUGCCUCCGUUGCCUGUUUUCCCGCGGUUCAUCCUGACCAUCCGAUCUUCAGAUCCAGUGGUUCUCAUGUCGUGUUGGCCACAUCCCACCAAGGUAGAGAAUGCAAAGGAGAGUAUUUUGGUCAACGAGGUGGUGACAUUUCAGAUCCUCACUAUAACGUGGUGAAUAGUGAGAAGGGUAACGAGCAGUGUCUUGAUCUCUCCCUCCAUUUGUGAUCUUAGCGUUAAUCACUUGUUAGUUAUGAUGACCUUGCAAAAUUUUUACUACAAAAUAUUGCAUGACCAUCCGUAUCCUGAUUGUAAUUGGUAUUCUGAGAAACAAUAAUGGAUGAUAUAUAUUAAUUGAUUAAACUA